CUUGGGUUCGAGGUUAUGUUUGUGUUUCAUUCAAAUGAAGAAUUGUAAAUAUAACAAAAUAUCUACGACCCAGUUCAAGAUAAAUAUAUUAAUAGAAUGAUAUAGUUCUAUUAAUAUUAAUAGUACUUAUUUGAACAUGUCGAAAUUGGAUGCCAACAGUACUUUCAUGAACAUCCCCCUAAAGUUUCCACGUGAGAAAGUACAAUUAACGACUCUUGAAGAAAAACGCAUGGUCUUGAACAACUAUGAACGUUUAAAAAAACAGAAUUCAAAGAUAUCUACUGUGGAAAUAGCACGACUAGUUAAUAGAGUGACUGGUAUUGACCGUAUAACAAUAUUUCGCAUCAUACGUGAAUAUAAAAAUACACAUAAAUUGAAAAUGCCAAAAGUCAGACGGCGACGACAGAAAUGUAUGGAUAAAUUUCUUAAAAAUGCUGUAUGUCGAAUUGUACACGAUUUUUUUUUUAAAAACAAAUUUCCUACACUUAACAAAGUGUUGGCAGUUGUGAAUGAAGAUGGGAAUUUGCCACAAUUUAAGCGACCAACUUUUUAUGGGUUGCUGAAGAGUAUGAAUUUUAAGUUUAUCUGUCGUGGUCGUGACAAUAUGCUCAUAGAAAAAGAAGAGAUAGUGUUGUGGAGGAGACAGUAUUUGCGUGCUCUUAGCAAAUAUCGACGAGAAGGGCGUAAGAUAUAUUACCUUGGCGAAACAUGCUUCAGUAGUGAAUGUGGUAAAUCAGAUGUAUGGUAUGGUAGAUAUAAGGACUUGAAGAAAACAACAGAGGAAGGUGUAAUUGUUUGCCACAUUGGUAGCAAUAAAGGAUUUGUUAAAGAAGGUUUAUGGGUUUUCAAAUCAAACAAGCUUGAAAAUUGUGCCGAGGAGAUGAGUUGUGCCAGUUUCGAACAUUGGUUUGUGAAUGUGCUACAGCAUCUCGAAGACAAUAGCGUCAUUGUCAUGGAUAAUGCACCAUGUCAUUCUCGCAGGGUCGAGCAGAUUCCAACUGCGGCAACAAAGAAGGUGGACAUUGAGUUGUGGCUCACAAAGAAACAGAUACCAUUUGAUGGUACUUUGAUAAAAGUUGAGCUCUUGGACAUUGUUCGUAUGCAUAAGCUAAAAUACAAUAAAUACAUAUGUGAUGAACUUGCGCAACAGUGUAAUAAAAUAGUACUACGUCUUCCCCCUUAUCAUAAUGAGCUUAAUCCUAUCGAGACUAUUUGGACUCAAUUAAAAAAUGAAAUUACUGCAUGCAGCAUGACUUUUAAGUUCGGUAAUGUUUGCGAAGCUGUAAAUUCUAUUACUUGGGACAAAUGGAGAGACUGUGUCGAUUAUGUUCAUAAUACUGUAGAACCCUGGAUGUGGAAAUUAGACAAUUUGAUGGAACUGCAGACAGACUUUACGGAGUGUUUUGUAUCAUGAAAAUUAAAAUCGAAUAACAUUUUUUUCUAAAACAGUUUCUAAUGUCUUCGUGAUCCUUCAAAGGUGCUUAUGAAGGUAUUAAAGAGAAACCCUGAAGGGUCACCAAAACUUUAUAUCCACAAUAUAGGCAGUGAACGUUGGUUCCAUGAGGUAUACAGCUAUUUUCAGAAGAAUAAUUGUGAGAACAUUUUAAAAAAUC